ACUUAUACUGCUUCCUUUCAAAAUAAAAAGUUGGUUUAAAAUAUACAGUUAAGAAGACUGUGAGGUCCAUGCGUUUGGGCAAAGGAGAGAAAAUGAUGCCACCAGAGGAUCCUGGGAUGCAACCAUCUCCAAAAGGUUUCGUGGGCGCCUUCGCACCCUUCCCGCGCUCCACCUGGAUUCACCCGCGCGUGCCUAACGACGACUUUGACCGCGUUUGCAAAAACAUCUGGAGCAGAGCUAAAGAGGCCGAUGAGAAGGAGUUCGCCAGAGGUCAAGGACCACCGGAGGCAACACAGAGUAAAGACGGUACCUCUCCAGAGAGCAAGCCGGGUCAUCGGGCCGAGGAGCAGCAGAAAGAGUCUGAUGAUUUGGGUCUGAGCACAAAGUACGAGGAGGACGAGGAGCAGCAACACCACACCAAGUUCACCCUUCCUUUCUCUUAUCUCUCGGGCCGCAGACAUCCCCGUGCUGCCAACCCUGCAUGGGUACUGAGCCCUCUGAUGGAAGUAGAGAUGAAACUAAAUGAGGAAGAGGCGGAAAGGAAAAGAAAUUCAACGAGCAGAAUGACUUUGGAGGCUGAUGGGAGAGAUGUGGAAGAUAAACAAAGGAGUGUGGAAAAUUCCCUUAAGAGGAUGUGGGUCCCCCAGUCCACAACAGACAAACAGAGCUCUGCUUCUGAACCUGGACCACUGGCAAUAAAUCCCAUCUACUCUGCCACUGAAGACCCCACCCUGCACCUGCAGCAUGAGGAAGAUCCUCCACUUCCUUAUAAGCUACCUAGGGAUACAUGUGAAAGUGAAGAUGAGCAGGACACAAGCAGCAGCUCAGACAGCGAUUCCAGUGACGAUGAUGAAGAUGAUGAUGUUGUUUCUCUACCUGGAGUGAGAAGUGGUGCCACUAACAGCAGUGACGACGACUCAGAGAGUGACAGCAGUGACAGCAGUGACAGCAGUGACAGCGAGGUGGAGGAAAAUGAAAUGAAAUCAUUGAAUGGCAAACCUAGCACAGAGAAGGACUUUCCUCCAUUAUCCACCAUCAGGGCUGGCAUACUACCAUGUCCCACGGAGGCUCCAUCCUCGUGGAAGAUGCAUGGCCGGUGGGAGAUUCCCCUUUCAUUCCACCCACAUGACAUCCCCACUGACGCUUUGGCGAGAGUUACGACCGCCCCUGCGCAGGCUCCCGUCCAAGGCAGGGCCGAGGCACCUCAGGCGAACUCAAAAAUCGACGCACCGCCGGUGGCCCAGACGCAGCAGGAGGCCUACGACCUACUGACUGACUUCCCAGCUCUGCAGCCCCCGAAGAUGCCUUCAGCCUUGGGUGUAUUGCAGGAUGGGAAUCCCAAAAAGGAAGAUGCAAGGGGGCGAAGAGGGCGAAGAGGGCUUACUCACCCACCGAACCAACGCCAAGAGAACGGGGCUUCCCGUCAGAGGAGGAUGGAAAAUGUGCCCCGUGAGGUCUCGUCCAUCUGCGCAGGAGAUCAGAAAUCUGUGCUGAACCUUCAAACACUUGGCUCGGCCAACCAACGUAACUCUCCUACCGUCAGCUGUGGGGAAGUGAAGGCCAACAACCAGCCGCCUCCUAGAGUUGCAGGUACAGAUGGCGCGGGUGUUAAUGCCAGGUCCUGGGCUAGCGCUGCCAAAGCAGGCAUGAAGCAAGCAGCUGCCCCUCAGGAGAAAGCCAGACCUUGUACCUUUCAGCAGAUAGUUACCAUUAACAGAGCCAAAGCCAAUAACUCUGUCGCUCAGAACUUCGCCAACAAAGUGCCUCCUUCCCAUCAGGUGCCUAAUCCGCUGAAGACAAAUUUGUAUCGUGGCCCUCAAAACCGCAACCCUAACCGGUUUGUUAGACCUGGUUACCCUCGCCCCCAUCAGCAUUUUGGAGCCCAGUCACUUCGAGCCACCUGUCCUCCAGGAUUCAGAUGUCCCCGUUUCCCUUUCCAACAGAGAGCAGGUGGGAUUGAGGCUGACGGUAGCGGGCAUUGAUAACCAGAACUGCACAACAAACGGCCAGAGGUAGCUCUUUGAAACACAGCCACAUGUGACAACAGCCACUUUGAUACAAAGUGUUUUUGUUUCUGCUGGACUGUAUAAAAAUUCAAAAUUCACUAUGCUCUGUUGUUUUCCCUUGCUAACAGCCUAAUAAAUAUUUGCUAUGUAAAAUUAUAGUUCUACUACU